GAAGAUGGGGCCGGACGCGCAUUGUGGAAGGAAACAAGCCUGACAGUUGAGUUUGCAGGAGUAUAUGGUGCCCCCCCCUCUCUCUCUCUCUUCCAUCUCCGCCGCAGGCGCGGAUCGAGGGCCUCGCGCGGAAAGCCGGCUGGUGCCUAGCCCGCUGCUCAAGGCGGAUCGCCAGCGGCAGGGGAGGAGGACAGAGGGGGUCGUCGUCUUCGGCGGCGGCGUCGAUGCCAGUGUCCGUGGCGGAAGUCUCUCUCGAUCUCUUCCAUUCCCUCUGGAUGAGCGGCGCUGCAGCGGGAUCCCGUCGCCGGAUUUGAUUGCGGUAGUUGUGGUCUGGGUGAACCGCAUGGCGUCGUCGUCUCCAGCGGCGGUUCCGGAGAACGGUGAAGAGGGGCACAUGCCUGCUGCCGCAGAGCGCUCGAGGUACGGCUGCGCGUUCGAGCCGGCUUUGGAGGAGGGGCGGCGAUUCGCGCCGCCGCAGCUGGUGUGGGCCAAGGUGAGGACCCACCCGUGGUGGCCGGCACAGGUGGUCGACCCGGCCGACGCCUCGGUUGACGCUUUGACGUGAUAAGCUGUGGAAGAUGUGAUAAGCUGGCAACCGACGGAAUCAGCAGCAACGACAUGGGGAUGACGAGGAAUCAGCAGCAGCAGCAGCAACAGUUGCAGGUGAAGAAUGCGCUCGAGGAGAAUGCCGGGGUCCGGCGCGGCGCGCGCGGCGGCCUUCGCCGUGGGCGCGCUCCGCGGCGAGAAGCUCGUGGAGUACGUCUCCGCGCUGGCCGUGGCGCCGACGGCCGGUGCCGACGGGCUCGACCUCGCCGUCGCGACGGCGCAGCUCUCGGCGUUCAGCCGGUGGAGGCUCUCUGCCGCAGCGCAGGCGAUAGAACGCGGCCGUGCCAGUGCCACUGCCGCCCGCAAGAGGAGAAGAAGGUCAGUGGAAGAAGAAGACGCCAAUGCCGCUGCUGCUGUUGACGCUUUGAAGAAGCGCCAGGAGAUGCUGAGCAAGGAGGAGAAGCUGAUGAGCCAGGCGGCGGAGCUGAUGUCGGAUUGUGAGCUCAUGUAGGAGCGAUUUGCAUUUGCCAAUUUGUUGGUAGUAAUACUGUUUAUCUGGGCGUGUUUAACUGUUUAUUGGCGUACUAUGUGUGUGUGCCAAGACGAUUUAGCUGUGGCAUUGGGGGAAUUUUAAGACGCUGAAAUGUGUUCAUGUUUCUGAUUAGAAAAUAAACCAAACAUCUUUUCUUAA